AUGGGAACAAGUUCAAUUGCUCCACCCAAUAAGAAAAGAGCAUUUUCUCAAGAAUUUCUGCGUCAUUCUGAUGCACUGCUGGAAAAAGAGUCGGAUAUCUACCUGGACGCUCUGACCCAAUCACGUGCUGCGUUGAACAGCGCCCUGGAACAGAUCAAGCGUGAUUUAGCCAUGCAUGAUGAUGAUGAGGACGAUUCAGACACAAACGGGGAUGAGGAUUCCAAACAGGCACAUCUCGGUAUGUUCGCAUUUUCAAAUCUAUAUCUAUCUAUCUAUCUAUCUAUCUAUCUAUCUAUCUAUCUAUCUAUCUAUCUAUCCAUCACUAUCUAUCUAUCUAUCUAUCUAUCUAUCUAUCUAUCUAUCUAUCUAUCUAUCCAUCUGUCUGAUACCACAGUGAAUGUUGGGACACUCAAAAGCAAAGGUCAAACCUGCCGUGCCGAAACACAGGAAAAUGGAGUCGUUUUUUAUUGCUAUCAGGAUAAAACAUGUUACAAUCCCCAAGCAAGAGUGAUAUGUUCUGGAGCGACAAAUCUUAUAUUGUUGACGAUAUAG